AACCGGAUGAGGAGGAGGAAGAGGAGGAGGAGAAGGAGGACUCGAGAGGGUCGAAGAAUGAGUCGAGAGCAGAGGUGGAAGCCAGGGAUCGCGAGCUGCCUGCUCUCCCUGCCUUGGCCUCCCCACCUGCUGCUGCUGCUGUUGAUGAUUCACUGCUUUCCUUUACAGAUGAAGAGGAGGAAGAGGAGAGGGAGGACUCGAGAGGGUCGAAGAAGGAGUCGAGAGCCGAGGUGGACGCGAGGGAUCUGGAGCUGCCUGUUCUCCUUGCCUUGGCCUCAGCACCUGAUUCACUGCUGUCUUUCACAGAUGAAGAGGAGGAGGAGAGCGAGGAAGAGGAGGAGAGGGAGGAUUCGAGAGGGUCGAAGAAGGAAUCGAGGGCAGAGGUGGACGUGAGGGACCUAGAGGGCAGCUGGGCCACGCCUGCCCAGGAGCACACUGGGGAGGCGAGGAGGGGAGACGGGGAGGGAGGGGAUGGUGAGGGAGGAGAAGUCGAAGAGGGAGUGGGGGAAGGAGGCGGAGGGGUGGAAGAGGGAGGGAUCAGCAAGGUUGGAGUGUUUGAGGUGUUAAGAGGAGCGGAGGAAGAGGAGGAGGAGGAGAGAGGAGGCGAGGUGGGAAACGGAGAGGAGGAAAGGAGAGAAGGUGGUAGUACGGAAGGGAGUGUUGUGGCGCUCCCGUUGCCUACCUGCUGCUUUCCCAAAUUCACUGCUGCCUCUUUUCCCAACCUCACUGCCCGCACCUUCUCUACUUCUGCCCUCUCUUUCCCCAACCUCACUGCUACCUUCUCUCCUAGCUCCUCUGCCCCCUCCUUCCCUAUCUCCCCAGCUCCUUCCUUCCCCCCCUCCACUGCUCCCCCUUUCCCUGCUCCCCCCUUCUCUAGCUUCAAAGCCCCCCCCGUCUGA